ACUUUGGGACGCGGGUUUCCCAACGGUGCGUAGAGCACGUUCGUUUACUUCCAGAAAAGCGAGGCUCGGAUUGGUGAUUCGAACCAUGAAUGGCACGAUGAGAAAUUUUUGAGUGUUUGCUCCAAUUGCUACCCACUGCUACCGAUUAUUAUCGAUUGCGAGAGACAGCUGAUUGUGACCAUUUUUAAAAUAUUUUCUCGAAGAACGUGAGGUGAUCGAGGAAAUUUUGAUACAAACUGAUGAAAAAGAUGGAAGAUCUGGAUGAUUCAGUCUUAGAUAGUGUUGAUUCUUUGCUAUCAGCAAAUAAUUCAAUUGUGAAUAUUUCAUCACACACAAUAGAUUAUAUUGAUUUAACUAAAGAAUCACCAAUAUCAGCCAGACCUUCGAGAUCACGCCAGAGAAUGUAUGCCGAGGAUGUACCUCCGAAUCAUAAUAUAACUGAAAGUUCAAACCAUUAUCAUAGAAGACACUUAUCUCCUAUAGUUUUAGGAACACAACUUACUCAUGAGAAAAAAUCCAGAGGGGAGAGAAAAGUGACUCAUUCUAAAAGUACGGUUGAAAUUUUGGUUCUUGAUGAUACUAUUGAAGAAAAUGAACCCAGUUACACAAUCGAAUCAGAUGAUAGAAAACCCAUACCUUUGACGUGCCCAAUAUGCUUUGAGUCAUUGUCUUCCAAUUCAAAGCCAAUUACUACUCGUUGUGGACAUGUGUUUUGCACAGAAUGUCUCAAUACAUACUUCCGUACAGCUAAAAAAUGCCCGACAUGCAAAUCAACGAUAACUUUAAAAACUUGUACUCGUUUGUAUCUUUAAUUCUUAUUAACAAGCAUUAUAAGUUGUUCUAUAUUUCUUUACAAUUUUAUGAUUCCAUCUAUACUUAAAUUUAAAAUAAUUAUAAAUUUGACAUUAUCAAUUGUAUCUUUCCAUAGAUAAAUAUUUUUAUAAUGUUUGUCAUUUAUUAAAAACAAUUGCAUCUAUUACAUAAUCUAUUAAUUUAUAUUUUACUUUUAAACUUAUUUUUGUUUACAAAAUUUAUGAUACGUAGAAAGAAAGGUCUCUUAGUUAAUAACUUUAGUAUUUGAUUGUUAGAUUUUAAACAAAAUUUUCAUUUUCAGAAUUACAAUAGUACAAUAAUUACAUAAGUCAAAAAUUAAUGUAAUAAAAUUUAAUUGAUUUUUUUAUUCCAAGAAUUAAUGAUUCGGUAAAAAAAAUAGAUAACAAUUUGAAUAAAAUAUUUAAAGCAUAUAUGUAUAAAUUAUAAUAAAAAUUUUUAUUGACUA